UGGCUAUUGUCUAUGGUGUCCGUUCCCCGAUCAAUACAAAACAAUACUCCCCCUUCACCUUCCUCAUCCCUCCGUUUACCGGGUGGCUGCGUCUUCUGGAUCUAUUAAAGUUUAUCUGACCUCCAUCCAGUGAACAUCACCUUCUCCGAAAAAAUUAACAACUAAGUGCUCAAGUUCAUCUUUUUCUGAAAAAUGGCUGUUGUGCUACCAACUCCACCGAUUUACGACACUUCCACCCCAAACGAUAAUGUUCUGAAAUUAUUUUAUAAAAAAAUGGAGCACUUGGCUGAUGUAACGGUAAUCCAUGAUCCCCACAACUUUUACGCGCGCCCGAAAGUUUACGAAAGAUUCCUAAACCGAAUGGCUACUCGUGGUGACCGCGUUCCAACCGAGAAUCUGAAGGUUGGCCUCAAGGCUAUCUACAGGUCCCCCAAGAAGAGGACAUUCAUCAGGGGCGAGAUCAAGAAGCUGGAUCUGGAGGCAGAAGAAGAAGUCUGCGAUAUAUUUGCCUAUGAUUACGGAUUUGUAGAGCAAGAUAUUUCCAUCUACAACGUGUACGAGUUCGAUUACAACAAUAAUCUCCCACCACUGGCUCUUCAUUGCCACCUGAACAACUGCAAACCCCUGGACGGUGGUGAUACUUGGGACCCGGAGGCAAUACAAGCCUUCCGCCACUUUGCGGGUGAAGAGACAGUGCGUAUGAUAAUGGUUGGGAUGUAUAAUGGGAAGCUCGUCGUGGAGCUUAAAGAUGGAUUUGAUGAUAUUGCCAGUUUCAUGGCUCUUACAGGAUAUUCGCAAAGCGAUGCCCAUGAUGUCGAUAUAGACAUACACAAUAAAAUUGUUGUGCCAUUUGGGGCUUCUGACGACAAGAAGGAGUUCACGCGCAAGGAAGUGAAAGCUGAAGAUUUGUUAUAUGUCAGGGCUUUAGGAGGAAAGUCCAAUGAGGAGUUCUAUGUCUCUGUCAUCGACGACUAUGACCAGUACAUGAUUGAGAGGGACAGCCUUAGCAUUCUGACUCGGAACGCUAAGCAUGUCCCACUCUCAGAGGUGGUUAAGGGAAAACCUGUUAGCAUUUUCAAUAAAUUCCAUUACCGCUACGAGAGGGCUAUCAUCAAUAAGGUGAUUGAUAAUAAAGGAAAGGCCGAGAUUGAAUACAUCGAUUUGGGAGGGUACGAAACGAGCAGCAUGUACUUGAUGAAAGAUGUGCCAGUUGGAUAUUUUGAGAGGCCUGGAGCUGCCCUCUUAUGCUCCGCUGAAUAUGUAGGAGAAUACGAUGAGCCACUCCCAUUCUUCAUGGAGCCGGGCUAUGAGUUCUUUGUUACCGUGAAGGAAGUGGGAAAUGGAUUCGAGAAGCCAUACAUCCUGUAUCCUUUGUCGGCUGAUAACGAAUUGUACUAAGGCGAAGCCAAGUAUUGCAAGCGAUUCUGUCCGGUUGGAAUUUAUAAGACUCUUUAUGUCAGAAGGGUAUAGGUUAGGUAUACAUGUUUUUACCCUUUUCAGGAAACAUUAAAUGUUACUUGAUAUUGCUCUAAUUAUAUUUAAUGGAUCUUGGGUGUUCGAUGUGAUAAUUAAUCAUUAUACUUACUAAAAUUCAAAAUUUUGGUGAAAACCCCUACCUUUUUGAGGUCAUUUUAUUGUUAAUUACUUACUAGUAUUUCGGAAACUAUUUACUUAUGCAAAAUUUAAUAAUAUUAUUGUUAUUGUAUUUUUAUUUAUUUAUAUAUAAAAACUGUUAGCCAAAAAAUGCUAUAUCUAGAAAAUUUUAAUUUUGUAUUUUAAUUAAACUGACUUCAAACAGUAAUUAAAAAAUAAAUGUGCGUGUUAGUACCUCUCGUCAUAAAAGAGAUGAAAACUAAAAUUGAUUAUACCUAUCUAACUUAUUGAAUUGAACUGGUGUAUUGAUUUACUAAUUUAGGUUUAUUUAUGUAAAAAAUCAUAUUUUCGAUAGAGAUUAUCAAGCGCUAAGAAGGUAUAAUUAUUAUUUUUGGAUGAAUUUGAAUUGAAUUUAUUAACAGGUCAUGUCAAAAAGUCUAUCCAGUAUUUCACUCGUUAGUUUCAUAUUUUGUAUAUCGAGCUGAAUUUUGAAUAUUCCUCUGUCCAAAUUUCAGACCAGUGUUUACAGGUAUAUCUUAUAUAAAAAGUCGUAUUUAAAACUUAUAAAUGUCUCAAACUAAAUGUGAACUAUCUACAACGUUAGAAUCUUUAAGAUUCCAUAGAACCAUCUCCAUCACUUGGGUGUAAUGGUGAAUUAUAUGUCUAAGUGUCUAUUACAAUAUUAUUACAAUUAUAAAUGUUUCAAUUAUCAAUGGAAAUAAAUGUUGUGAUAA